CUAUUAAGCAACUUCUACUGUGAACAGAAGUUUGUUCCAGUGUGUUUGUUCAAGUGUCCCAACAUGUACAACAACAAAGAUACAAUGCAUGAUAAACUUACUGAUGAACCUGACUCGGAUUUGGCUGUUUACCGCAAUACUGCAGAUGUGCCAUAUUCAGAUUUGAAUAAUCCACGAAAUAAUGGAAAGCGACCAUUUUGUCAAGACCCCUUCAAGGUGGCAACCGCAUGCCUGACUGCCUUCUGUCUCCUCUUACUCGUGGUUUUAGUGGCCACAAAUGUUCACAGAAGUUCUUCUGUUCAGGAUCUCUCCUCCAGUUCUGCUAAAUCUCAAACCUGCGCCAAUGUCACCGCUCUGACAGCAGAACUGCAGACUUUGAGAAAAGAGAAGAGUGACCUUGAGAAAGAGAGGUCACAGCUGAAGAUCAAAAUCACUGAGCUAGGGAAAGCUUCCUGCACAGUGGACUGGCAUUAUUUCGAAGGCAGUUGUUACUUCAUCUCUGACUACAGCAGAAGCUGGCCAAGUAGUCAGACUUACUGCAAACAGAAAGGAGGAGACCUGGCUAUCAUCCUUACCGCUGAUGAACAGACUUUUGUAUGGAACCUGCUGCCUCGUGGUCACUGGAACGCCUACUGGAUUGGCCUAACUGAUGAAAAGGUAGAAGAGCACUGGCACUGGGUGGAUGGAACCAAACUGGUCGGAGGUUUCUGGGAACACGGCGAGCCUAACAAUGACAUUAAUGAGGACUGUGCCAACAUGGUAAAAACUACGGUUUUAAGUCGCGUAGCUAUAAGGAGCUGGUACGACGCCCCAUGUGAGAUGUCCAGACCCUUUAUCUGUGAGAAGAAGGCAGAUUCCUCCUCUUAAUCAUCAUCAUCCAUCUCAUAUCAUCAUCUUCAUCUCCAACAGAACUUCAUAAAUGUUUAGUUUCAGGGUGUUUUCAAUAAGAAAUGUAUGCAGAAUGAAGAAGGAUUACUGAUAUGAGUUAUGAUUGUACUUUGUAUGCUUGAUCUCAGGAUUUAAACAAUUUGUAAUCAAUUAUAAUCAAUUCACCAUUUUAAAUUUACGGUCACUUAAUUAAAUCAAUUAACUUUUGUCCACCUUUAUCGUAAUACUAAACAAAUUUAACUUUGUGAAUUAUGUGGCAACAAAACAUUUAAAUUAAAUCAAAACUAUGUUAUAUUUCUUCAGUGUUGUCACCUGUUCUCUAGAAUUUGCUAUUUUUUUUGUCAUUUUUUCAAGCAGCUUCUCGAUGUCUCCCCUUGAGACACUUUUAAACAGUAUUGAAGGAGGUCACAUUUAUUCGGCACUCUUAUUGGCUGCUUUUCUUUAUCAUUCAGUCCAAGUCAUCCAUUUCAAUAACAUUUUUGUUUUGUAAUGAAAAAAUAUGUUGGCACUAUCACAAAACAUUUCAGUCAAGUGAUCGUAAACUUUUGAUGGCGUAGUGUAAAACAGGGUUUUCAAACUGGGGUCUGGGGAUCCCAGAAAAUAAAGACAAAAAAAUUGCAUAAUAUCAGGUAUCUAAUUUCUUGCGGCACAACAAAAUUGUUCAUAUUUGCAUUUGUAUUUUUCUAGUGUUUCCUUAUUACAGUGCCCUUUAUCUCAGGUUUGUAAGGCAGGUUUGUAUUCCUUGUGAAGCUGCCAACUAAAUUUAUUGUCAAAGUUGUUGCAGUACAAAUACAUUUUAAUUAAAAAAUUUUCUUUUAUACAUCA